AUGGUCCAGUGUCCUUUUCCCCCUGGUGGGGCAGGUGAUGUGCUGAUAAAAGUUCGGCACUGCUCGUUAAAGUCCCCCUAUGACCGAUGUAAACUCCCAAGUGCUGCUGGGCAUCGUUGGCUAGCUGCUCUCUCAACUUAUGAGUUUGACAUCCAGUAUCUACCAGGCAGACACAAUAUAGACGGCGACCUGUUGUCCAGAAACAUGCCAGAUAUGGAAGAAGCCGAUGAAUGGGUGACACUACCCCAGUCUGGCAUCAAGACACUCUGCCAACCUGGCUCUCUCCCAGCACCUCUUAACAGUUCACCUGUCUAUAUUUCUCACUUGGGGGCCGCCCCCCCAUUGUGUCCCCAAUGUGCUUUCCCAACACACCUGGAAUUAAAGUCCCUUGAACUUCUGUCUAGGCAGAAUCUCAAGAGAGUGCAUGAUGCCAUUGGGCCAGCCAUCCAGGCUGUUACUCUUGGGAACUGGCCAGAUGACAAGAACCCCCCCCGGGAGCUGCUCCAUUAUGUCAGAUUCUUUGAUCAAAUACCAUUUAUGACAACUUUAGUUGCGGUUCACACAAUUGAAGAGAUCAAUAACUCAAGCUUCCUUCCUGGCAUUAAACUUGGUUAUCUGAUGUGUGAUGCUUGUGUAUAUGGUACCAAAGCUUUAGACUGUGUGGAGCGCAUGCUUGCUGUUAAUGGGCCACCUACACUCCUCCCUGACUACUCAAACUUCACAUCACCCAUAAAAGCACUCUUGGGUGAAAGAUACUCAGAAUUGUCUAUUCCUAUUGCCAAACUCCUCAGUCUCUACAUGAUUCCCCAGAUAAGUUGCAGUUCUACUGCACCAGCACUGAGUGACAAAUUACGCUAUGCGUCGUUCUUUCGCGUUGUUCCAAGUGAUUUGUACCAGACUAAGGCACUGGCAAAGCUCAUGAGCCAUUAUUCCUGGAACUGGAUUGGGAUGGUUACCCUUGAUGAUGAUUAUGGCAGAGCAGUCCUUGAGAACAUUGUGCAGGAUGCACAGAAAGAACAAGUGUGUCUCCAUUACCAGAAAAUCUUACCAAAUUACCUAGGUUCAUCAGAUAUAGGAGAGAAAAUAAUAAAUGUAGCUGAUCAAAUCGAAUCCUCAAAUGCAACAGUUGUUCUGCUUAUUCUAAGAGCAGAACUUGUGCAGAUGAUCUUUCAGGAGAUGAUUAAGAGAAAUGUUAGUCGGGUCUGGAUUGCUAGUGAUUCCUGGUCCACAGCACGCUUCUUAAUGAAGAUGAAAGACAUUAACAAAGUGGGAGACAUAUUUGGUUUUACCUUCAUCUUCAAGGACAUUCCUGGUUUUAAAGACUAUGUGCGGAACAUUAGACCAAGUCCAGGGGCGAGGAAUGAUUUCAUCACUGAGUAUAAACAAAUGCGGUCAAACUGCGCUCAGGGUCAGGAAUCACAGAACCCAUUUUUUUUGUAUUGCAACAAUACAGAUGAUAGUUUCCUUCUUCAGAAUGUGGAUCUGACACAGGCUUAUGGUCAGAGAGUGGCAGUCUAUGCCAUUGCUAAUGCUAUCAAGAAGCUUUUAAAAUAUGAUGACACUUCCUGUUCUGAAGACACUAACUUCCUGCCUUGGAAGCUUAUAAGCAUUCUUCGUAACAUGAACUUCACUGUGGACAACCAGACAUACUUCUUUAAUAAAAACGGUGAUUUUGAAAAUGGUUAUGAUCUUAUCAUGUGGAAGAAGGAUGGUGAUGAAAGAAUACUUGAUGUUGUGGGGAAAUACCUUAUAAGCAAUAACAACGUUGAUGUCUAUGAGCAAAAAGUCUCAUGGUUUAACAAUACAGUUCCUGAAUCAAGGUGUUCGAAGCGUUGUCCAGCAGGCACACACAAGAACAUAUUAAAUAUAACAUGCUGCUAUACCUGUAUCAGCUGUGCUGCUGGAGAAUAUUCAGACCAGGAGGAUCAAGCAACCUGUUCAAAGUGUCUAAAUGGAACAUCUCCUCCUGGAUCAUCGAAAUGUGUUGAAUGGACAGUGGGGAUUUUGGAGUGGUCAGCACCACAUUCUAUUGUGGUUCUAAUUGCAUCAGCAAUAGGAAUUAUACUAUUAGUUGCCUCGAUUAUAUUUUUUAUUAAACACAGAAAACACAGAAUAGUAAGGGAGAUCUUCAUAUUGUUAUGCAUUAUGCAUGUAGGCCUAGUUGUAAGUUUUGGAAGUGUAAUAGCUUUUUUAGGUGAUCCAACCCCCCAUCAGUGCAUGUUACAACAGGCAAUGUAUGGUCUUGGUUUCACUCUCACUGUGGCAUGCAUUCUGGUUAAGGCAUUUGGCUCGUUCAUAGCCGUCCUGUCCUAUGACCCAAAUAGACAGCGUUACUUAAGCAGGUUUAAUAGGGCUUUUGUUAACAUAGCCAUGAUCAUUGCUGUUCAAGGUCUCAUUUGCCUCUUCUGGUUUAUAUUUGAUCCUCUUUUCGUUGACAGAAAACCAUCCACAUUUUAUCCACUUACUAUGAAUCAUCUGUGUACUUAUGGGUCUAAGAUUGCUGGCUUUGCUGUGUUGCAUAUAUACAUUGCUGUCCUAGCUGUGUUAUGUUUCCUGUUUGCCUUCAAAGGGAGAGAGAAUGAGAAUGAGCCUAUAGUCUUCAGCAUGCUCUUUCAUUUGUUUGUCUGGCUUUGUUUUAUUCCAUUCUUUUUCACAAUAGAGGAAAAGCGGAACAUUUUUCAGCUCUCUGCCAUCAUGGUCUCCAACUACACAGUCAUGAUUUGUCACUUCUGCCCAAAAUGGUACAGAAUCAUUUUUAGAAAUUAGAGAGAAGGAACCCUAUUUUCACUCUGCUGGCAGGCACAUGGACAGAAGUUGGUUCUAUUAGGCAAAAUAUGUAGACCAAACAAAAAAGUUACAAAUUUAAUAGAAGUAAUUUACCUUAAACAGAAUAUAUUUUAGUGGUAAAGCAAUAGUAGUAUUGUGGUAAAUGGUAUUUUCAUGCAGGUAGCAUGAGUCAACACAGACAUAGUUGCAGGGCAAAAAAAUAUUCCCCAAAGAUCAUAUCACUGCAAGGAUUUGAACUGUAUUAGAAAUCUUUAGUGUGAUAUGAAAACGACUAUCUAGUCUAUCUAAGGACUAUAUAUAGUCUAUAUGCCCAAACAUCAGAAUAUGUAAAGGUUUAUGAAAUACUGUACAUAGGGGUAAAUUUUAAGAUCAUCAGCUUUAUUAGGUGCUUUUGGAAGAGGAAUUUUAUAGG